AUGUUGCAGGAGGAGGAAUGCAAUAUCCGUUGCCAUGCGGUUGUGCUCCGCAUGGGCGAGAUUUUUGGCGAGUUGGGUUUUGAGUUUGACAGCACGCACCUCGCCAACGACGUUACCGCCGUGACGAAGUGGAACCUCCACGUUGACUUGGAGGGGUUUGACGGCAGCCAAACGGCGUACUUCGACGAGGAAUUGCCGGUGGAAAAGGGGCACAAAGUCGUGAAGCUGCGGUUUAGUAGGUUUUACAUCGUACGCGUGCGGGUGUACUCGGCGGACGCGUUGGCGUGGAGCGCCUGGUCUGCGCCCGUGCGCACCGCUACCAUGCACGCCGUCGUGGCCGUAAUCAAGGAAAUUGGAGAAGACCACGUGCGGGUUCAGUGGAACCGUCCUCUACGAGAUACGACCAAAAUUGUGCCCGAGCGGGACGCUGAAGCAACGCAAAACAUCACUGAUAUUUCGGAUUUUGAGCUGCGUAUCAUUCGUGAGAAUGACAUGCUGCAAGAGUUUUGCGAUCGCUUUGCAACGGGAGUGCGUACUUACACCGUUCGUGGGUUGAAGUCCGGUACCGCCUACAUUGUCAUGAUGCGCUACAGGACGCUUAUCAACACUAUGAAAAACUGGACGGAGGUGGGUCGCUUCUACACUAAACCGAGGAACGUCAUUUCGCUCGUCAGCCGGGGUGAAAAUGUUGUGAAGGUGAGCUGGUGUCUCGGGCCGACCCCUGUGGACGCCGUGGGUUACACGGUCCCGGAGACGACGCCGUACCGCUACGAGGUCUCUUAUGAAGGGGGUGACACCACGAUGAGUCCGGUGCAGCUGCCGGAGCAACAGCACGAGUACCGUGUGGAGGGCCUGUCACCAGGCACUCUGUACACCUUCUAUGUACGUAGUUUUACCGUAGAGGGGAUUUGGGGCAACCGCUCCGACCCGUUUAAGGUGCGCACGGCAGACAUUCCCGAGCUAUCCGUGGCUGCCUCUGGGGAGACUUUUCUAUCCUUUACGUGGAUGCGGGCACAUGACGAGCCCGAGGAGUCCAAGGUGGAGUUCUGCCUCCAGAGCCUUACGUCACGGUACAAGCAGCAGGAAGUUAUCCCUGUGGGUCCACGUGCGGAGGACAAAGUCAUUCACGUGGGAGGGCUGACCGCUGGCACGGAGUACAGCGUCUCCAUACGGACGUUCUUGCAGGGUGAGUGGGGUCUAUGGACGGAGCCUCAGCGAUUCCGUACCCAAUCCAAGCUCACCUUGACCUUUCUUGAGCGCGGCGAGGACUUCUUUACUCUUGCAUUGGAGGAACAAAAUAGGCCUCCAUCUGCAGCGCAUUUAAAUAUUGUGGUAAUGUGCGUUGGCAAAGGGGAUGAGCGGUCGGUGGUGCUGGACAAGGAGAUUGAGCAUACACCAAAUGAGCCAAGUUUCCGUGUGGGUUCAUUGCAGUCCAACACCGUGUAUGAGGUGCAGUGCCGGCGUUGGCAGCACGAUCGUAUUACGGGUGAUGAAGGAUGGGGUGAGUUUACUGCGCCGAUACAAAUGCAAACGUUGCAGCAUUUGGCGUUGCAUGUGUGGGACAUUGGUGAAGAUUUCGCCCAACUUGUUUGGCGUCGUGGACUGUCGGAUACAGCGCCAUCGAAUAGCUUGACGGAGCAACCAGUUCCAGAUUUAAAGUAUGAAGUGGUGGUGGGAUGCGUAGACACGGGGGAUGAUUCUAUUGUCCAUCGACAGGUGCUACAGGCGAACUACACCAUUACCAAUUUGCGUCCAGCCACCACCUACAUUGUCUCCGUCCGUGCCUGCAAUGAGCUGGAUCAGUGGGGCCUGUGGAGCCAAGUGAGGUUGCGUACGCUUGCCUCCGUUGCGACGUCUGUUCACGAGAUUGGGGAGGACUUUGUUCGACUCAUGUGGCAGAGGGAAAACAUUGAUGAUGAGGAGGAUGUUAGGAACAGUGGCAACAAGAGUGAGGACAAUCUACUUGAGGGUACCAGCCGUGUUGUGGAUAGUGUGGCGAGCGCCGACAUGUUUGUCUCCCGCUACGCCGUAUUUGUGUGUAGCCACGAGGAUGGCGAGUCGAUUCCGAGUACAUUGAGUGGAUAUUGCAUUGGGGGAAACUCGGAAGUUGCUUGCUAUGAGAUUGUCACCAGCGAGCAUACGUCGCUGCGCAUGAAUGAGCUCCUUCCAGAUCGCGAGUAUGUGGCGGUUGUGCGAGCGUCAACGGCGACAGGGAAGUGGGGACUUUGGAGCAGCCCGCUACGCUUCCGCACCAACCCUCAAUUCCGCAUCCCUGUCAACAAUCUCACCAUUGGGGAAAACUAUGUCAAUCUUGUAUGGAGCCGCGAUGCCCAUCCAGUGGUGGACAAGGACGUGUUCCUGGGUGACCUCAGUGUGACCGGGCAGCAGCUACGCAUUCACGGUGUGGACACCCCGUAUUCGAAGGACCAUGCGCUUCCCGCGGAUAUGCGUGAGCUGAAGAUUUACGGCCUUUCUCCUGCCAAAGCGUACACCAUUCAAAUUCGUGUGUGUGGCAAAGGGGGUGAUUGGGGACGUUGGAGUCCCCCGGUGCAUAUUCUUACCCGUGGCACCAUCCUGACAAGAGCCGUGGAGGUCGCCGAGGACUACAUUAUUAUUACAUGGGAACGCCGGAAGGUGGCGAAUCCCAAAAAUUACCCCACUGGACGGGGCAUUGUCACCUCCUACCAUCUGCGUGUGUACAACAGCGCUGGGAUUCACUCCGAGGUGUUUCUUGGCGACGGCGAUUCUCCGUACCGUAUUUCCAACAUGACGCCAGACACGUACUACUGUGUCGAGAUGAAGGCCAACUACAACGACGAGGAGUGGGGCCUGUGGAGUACCCCCAUGUGGUGCCUCACGAUGAAGACGUUGGAAAUUAAGACCAAACUCAUUUCUGAAGAAUUCUGCUGCAUUGUCAUUCGGCGGCCGUUUCAACAGAAACGGCUCCCAGAGGACGAUGGCAACCGCACCGGCGAUGACCGCAUUGUUGCGUUUGGGCAAUUUCGUCCAAAUCUUAUGCUUUGUGUCACGUCACCCAUCCUUAACCCGACACCGCAUAUCUCUACAGGCACCAUGCGGCCCCGCAUCCAAAAUUCCUCUUUGCCUCCCGACGCCUCCGACCACCGACUCAUCUACCAGGCUGAGAUCCUCUGCGCCUCUGAUGACACCGACCACACCAUCCCAAACUUGCGCUCCAACAUGGUGUACAGUGUAUCGGUGCGCUCGAAGCUUGUAAACGGUGAGUGGGGUAUUUGGUCGCAGCCCUCACUGUUAUUCGCAACGGUUCCUUCGACUCAGGUGGAGUUUACAGAUAUUGGCGAGAAGUUUGUGAAGGUGGAUUGGAAGCGAAGCCGGCAACGGAUUCCGCCACAACUGAAAGAUCCUGACGCUGUGAAAUGUGGGCUUGGUACGAUUAGUGCCUCCCGUGUGAAGGUGCGAGAGAUUGGUGGUUCAUUCCAGCAAACGUAUGAGUUGAAUAAUUCAUUGACUACGCUGCGCAUGGAUGGCCUUUCCCCCGCCUCUACGUACGCUGUUUCUGUACAGACAUACAAUGACAACUAUGAGUGGGGUGUUUGGAGUGACGAGGCAAAGGUUCGCACAAUUCCCGGUAUGGAUAUUGCUGUGCAGCACAUUUCCGAAGACGCAGUGUGGGUUGCUUGGGGGCGCAAGUUAGAUGUAUCGAAUUUUGUAAACUACGACACGGCCCUUAACGUGGACGUUGUCCCUUCGGCCUACGAGAUAAGCAUCAUUGGUGGUGGCCAAUUUAAAUACACAAAGGAGAUGAAUACCAAUACGCUAUUUUUUCGCGGUCUACAACCAGAUACGGUGUACGAUUUUCAGGUCCGGGCGCAGUCCUUUGGAAAUCAGGAGUGGGGACUUUGGUCUACCCAGCCAUUUCGCACAAAACCUCGACUUCGUGUGACCUUUGGAAAUGUGGGUGAACACUUUGCCAUUGUGGAGUGGCGCCGCCAUCUGCCUAGUUCGAUUGGGGAACGUGAUGUCAACACCGUCGUAGAGUCCGAGGAUGUGGUCCGGCAAUUUCGACUGAAGGUGGAGCGUGCCGGCAGCAAGGUUCCCUACGUGUAUGAUUUGAGCCCAUACAUCAGCAGUUUUUGUCUUAAGGAUCUGCGACCCUCGUCGGAGUACCGUGUGUGGCUUUGUGCCAAGGGAUUUGAGGGUGUUUGGGGAUUCUGGAACGAGGAGGCCCGAGUUCGCACGUUGCCCAAACUGGAACUUGAUGUUACCGCCAUUGGUGAGGACUAUGUGACCGUGUCCUGGAAGCGCGGAAAAUGGGUGGGUGAGACUGUGGGCCACACGGAGGCGUCUGUGCAGGAGAUGGAAGGCGCCGUGAGCGGCUACAGGGUGCGGGUGUUGGAUGAGGAAGGGACAGAGGUGGUGUCGCGAUUCGUCGGAUUUCGGGAAACCUCCUGUACCCUUUCGCCUCUCAAACUGUCGAGCGCCCACUCCGUCGAGGUCGCGGCGAAGGACACGUAUGACGAGUGGGGUUUGUGGAGUGACGCAAAGCGUUUUCUGACGCUUGAGGCGGUGGACCUGCGGAUUCUUCGUGUGGGUGAGGCGUUCGCAGAGGUGGAAUGGGGUCGCCGCCGCGACCUCUUGCGCCGUCGACGAGACAGGCGUGGUGCCGUUCGGCGACGCAACUCCCUUUUGCCGUUGGGGGAUGAUGUCUUUGCCAGGACCGUCGACACGUAUACAGCGGAGGUUGCACACAGUGAGGGCGUGGGCGUCUCCCUCGAUGACGACAGUGACGCCGAGAGGGAGGCAUCGGGGGCUGGCCUGGGAUGUGGUGCCUCCAACGGCAGUCCACGUGAUCCAAAUGUGCCUUACUCUGGUGAAGCACACGUUGAUGAGGAGGGGCAUGACAGCUAUGAGGGCGGCAGUGGAAAUGAAGUUGAGGCGAGGGAAGAGGAGGAGGAGGAGGAGGAAGAAGAAGAAUAUGAGGAGGAGGAGGACUACUACUACGACGAUGCCCUCCUUCACGGUGACAACGGUGUACUACAGUGGCACCUACGUGUUCAGGGGCAACGCGUGUUUGCUGGCCAACCCGGUGCCGAGGACGUUGCAGAGUUGUACGUCCCCGCAGACGAGCUACAGCGCGUUAUUAGCUCUUUGCUGCCGUAUGCCGUUUACUCGGUGUCUGUGCGGGGACAAGACAAGGGAGGUGCGUGGGGUCACUGGAGCCAACCACGCAAGUUGAUGACAUAUCCUCUGCUGGCACUCACAGCCGACAGUGUAACGGAGACAUUUAUUUACGUUUCAUGGAGCCGACCUCCUGCAAAACAGACGUUACCCGAAGGGUUUAUAUGUUUUCCCCCAAUGACAGACAUACACAAUUAUCAGGUGCACAUUGAACCGCUUGCAACAGAGCCACCGUUUGAUGAGCAGGAUGAGCCUCUUGUAAAUGGUGCACGGGUGUAUGAGACCUCUCAACCAUCUCUGCGGUUGUUUAAUCUUGCUCCGGGUGUACGCUACCGUGUCGUGGUUCGGGAACAGAUGAUUGACGCACAAGGAGAUUUUGUGCCCGACACGUGGGGAUGCUUUUCCGCGAUUCAGGUGGUGGAGACUAUAAAUCCAAUGCGUGUCGUCCCAAUUGAGAUUGGGGAGGACUACUGCCUUGUGGGGUGGCAUCGCAUGCAGCGUGUGGCAGACAUGGCAUCAGAUAUUAGUCUUGUAACGGGUCUGGGGAAGGUCACGGCGUAUGAAAUGCGCGCCGUGCGACUGGAUGAGAAGGCAAAGCAGAAAUACCAUGGACCACUAGCACUUGAUACCAUCGUCUCUCUGGAGUCAAGUGAGACCUCCUACCACCUGGGGAAUUUGGUAAGCAAUACCAUCUACGCCUUGAGCGUCCGCGCGCAGACGGAGGGCUACUGGGGUCCUUGGAGUGCCACCACGAAGUUUGUGUCGCAGAGUCGCCUGCAGGUAAAGGUGCGUGCCGUCUACGAAGACGUUUUUGUCGUCAGCUGGAGACGUCCGCUCCCCGAUUGGGCGCUCUCACGCGCCGAUUACGCUAGCCCCGGCGGCGUGGCAAGGUCCCCUUUUCCACGGCGAAAGACAGACAUGGAGGUUGUGGAGAAGGAUGCAGUGGAGCGGGAAACACAAGACGAUUGCAAAAACAACAGGAGCGACAGUAAUAGCAACACUGGCUCUCUCUUGGAGAAAAGCGGUGACGACUUUGACUCCGUCUUGAUCUGUGACUACUCUGUGGAUCGGUAUGAAUUGUACGUGGAGGGGGUCACGUGUGACCUGCAUCAGUGCCUGACGUUGCCGAAGGAAAAGAUGUCUGCGCGCAUCACGGGGCUGGAGCACAAUCAGAUUUACUCUGUAUGUAUACGAUCGCAGAGUGAGAAACAGCACUGGUCGAUGUUGUCACGGCGGGAGUCGUUGCUAACACUCACACCCAUGUGUGUUGAGCUGUCUCACUACACAGAAACGAUGGUGUUGCUGCGCUGGUUUCGUGCCCCGCAGGACAUCAUGGAGUACGACGCUCUGUUGCAAAGUCGCCGUGCGGAGGAGGAGCGACGGUGCGACGAACGUGAGCGGCAGGAUCUUUUUGAGUUAAAACGACGUGCGCAAGAGAUGGAGGAAUCUGCAGAGCGCAAGUAUUUGAGUGACCACUUGGCGAUGCGGCGAGAACACAAUGCCGCACGUCGCAUGGACGCGGUGCAUCAUCUACAGGCGGAGAACGUUGCCCUGGGCGACGCUGAGGUGACGGGCUAUCAGCUUAAGUUUAUGGGGGAGGUUGGGGGAUGCAUGCCGUCCAUUCCAGGACUCCACCGCAUGCUGCUGCAGCAACGCAUGCCGCACUUAGCGCGGCGGCGGCAACCAGAGAACACGAAGAAGGUGCCAAGCAAACAGCGACAACAAAUAAGCCCAGAUGCUAACGCUGACCGCAUUGCGAGUGACGCAGGGACAGGAGGAGGGCGCGUGUCACCUGCCACGACGGGUGACGAGGGGCUUGCCAGGGAGGAGGCCUCACUCAUCGACGUCCAUCUGGGCUCACAUGUCAUGAGUCUCACAGUGAAGGAUUUAGCGCCGUGCGCCUCGUUUGCUGUCCAGCUGCGCGCCCGCAAUGCGGCGGGGGAUUGGUGUCCGUGGAGCCGGCGCGAGAGUUUCACCACACUUAAGCCCAUCGAACUUCACCAGAAUCGCUUUGGUGAGCACUACAUCAACUUGUAUUGGCAUCGCCUUUCUGCCGCGUUCAUGCAGAAAAUGGAGGAUGAUGAGGCGCAGCUGCAGGAACUCAACAAAGGGUUCAGCCACAUGUCACCUAAAGACCUGGAGGACAAGAAACGGGAGCUGCCAGAGUCGGAGUACGAUGCGCUUCUGGAGGGACUUAAGGGCUGGCGUGAUCUGAAGCGUUACGUGGCAAAUGUGCGAUCGCAGCUGUCACGUGGGCUUGGGGAGGUGAUGGUGCAUGAGGCAACUCCGGUUAAGGGGUACCAGUUGCGCAUCAUCCACGAAAGUGGGACCUUUUUGGAUUACUACAUCAACGGUGCCACCUGCGGCAACAGCACCAAGAGCAACAGCCACGACGCGAAUGACGACGUCACCACUGAGACGGCCACGUCUGCCACCAUCGACACCACAAGUUCGAUCCACUGCGCCUACACUGUGACUGGGCUGGUGUCAAAUACCAUGUAUAUUGCUCUGUUGUGCGCCGACUACGGCUUCGCGUGGGGACCGUGGACACCACCGCUUCGAUUCAUGACACAAAAUCUUAUCCAACUUUCCAUUACGUACAUCUCGGAGGUGUUUGUUGACGUUGAGUGGUAUCGUGCCCCCAACAAGACCCUUCCACCUGAUGAUCAGAACACCGUAGUGACAAGCGACGUCGUCUCAAGCGAGGCACGUGUGUGUCAGGUGCGCAUCACCUGGGAAGACGAGGAAAAUGAUGGUAAAGUAAUGGAGGAAUACCGUACAAUACGUUCGUUUAACGUGUUUCGCAUUGACAAGCUACGCACAGACACAAAGUACACCUUUGCCCUACGUGAGUGGGAUGCUGAAGGGGAUUGGGGUCUCUGGUGUGCCCCAAGGACGUGCGUGACGCUGCCUGGAAUGCAAACAACUGUGAAGGAACUGGGCGAGGACUGGGCUGAGAUCACAUGGUGCCGCAAAGAGCGAUGCGUUGACUACGACGAUGACAUCGAUGUUUUGCAGUACGACCUGGAAAAGGUUUCGUACUACCUUCGGGUUCAGGAGCUGCCUGAGACCGAUGCAGAGGGCGAGGCACAUGUGAUACCCUCCGAAGAGAUGCGAGAGGGCUCUGCGGAUGUGGUAUUGUUGGAUGAGAUGGAGGAUAUAUUCGCCACUACCCAGAUUAUGCACGGCGUCUUGCCGAGACAGGAAUACCCUGUGGAGUUUGUGGGAGAGCGGUAUGGCCUUCAGUACCUGCUUAGGCGUUUUGACAAGGACACCAUGUCUUUUCGGCUUGAGAACUUACACCCAGAUCGAUUCUACAACGUGCAGGUGAUGUGUGAGACGCCGGAGGAGCGCCUGGGUGCGUGGAGCAGUGACAGGCACUUCAUCACCAUGUCGAAGAUUAAACUCUUAACCCAGAGCAUUGACGAGCAGUACGUGGAUCUCUCCUGGCAACGUUUGCCGCCACGUGAGCACCCACUGCUAAACAUGAGUGAGGUGUUUACAGGACAUUAUACGACUAGCGCAUACGUGUUGGAGGUGAAGGGUGCCGAUGGAUUUUAUAUUUGCGAGCAGUUGCAGGGGCACCUGAACAACUCUUACCACCUAAAGGGCCUCACGCUGAAUACGGUGUAUAGUGCCAGGGUGUACUCCAUUAAUGAUGAGGGUGUGCAGAGUCUGUGGUCGGAGAUGUUGCACGUCGCGACGCUUGACCGAGUGAAGGUGCAACCAACCGAGAUCUCGGAGCAGUCCAUCAUGCUGGAGUGGGGGCGUGAGGAGCAGCGACCGACGUGUGCGGAGACUGGCGACGAAUACGACCCCACAAUUUGUGUUGGGAGCCGGGAGUCUGGCAACUAUAUCUUGCGUGUCUACCAGGCUGGGGAUUCCUCCCGUAACUUGUUGCUUGAGAAGAGCUUUCCUGGCAGCGUGUGUAACUUUUUGCUGGUGUCGUUGACACCGAACACGCCGUACGUCGUUUCCGUGCGGGCGGCAAACCUCCUUGGGGAGUGGGGGAUGUGGUCGGAGGAGCGGUGCGUGUACACUAUGAAGCUCAUCUGCGCAGAGAUUGCCGCCGUGGGGGAGGACUACAUCCGAUUCUCCUGGACACGCGAGGAACCUGACGAACUGCAGAUUGGGGGGGACGGUCAAAAUUCCCCUCGACAGUUCAAGAAUGACGGGAACGACGUCUCCGUUGUGGAGUUAGGCGAAGAGGAGGCCACUGUCGCUGCAGGCGAUGCGAACGAGAACAGCACCCCUCGCGAGAGACGCGUCAGUGAAACUGUGGAGGGUGUCACGGGAAGUAACACGUCGCAUCUGCUUUUAGAGGCGAAUGCGGAGGACGGCUUCCAGCACCCGCAGCCCACGCGCAACGUCAUCCGCAAAAAGUACCCACUAAUGGACCGUCCGGAGCGAAAGACGGCGGUGUACCAAAGCGCGAAGACACGUAUUGAGAUGUAUGCGGUGAGUGUGCGGGGUUCAGAAGGGGGUGAGGACUACACCAUUGAGGUGCCUGGGGAUGCCACUAGUUUUACUGUUCCAUCACUGCGACCGGAUACACGCUAUUCGCUGGCGGUUUCUGCUCGCUACAGUAGUGGCGAGUGGGGCGUCAGCAGCGCGUACGUCACCAGCGGCACGCUGAACCUCAUCACAGUGGAGUUGCGGGGGCUUGGCGAGGAUUACUUGACUGCUACAUGGAAGCGACUGCCCAUCACGUAUGACGCAAGCACGGUGAGUUUUGGGCGCAGUGAGGACACUGUCUUUUACGAACUUGCGGUGCAUGACUUCACGGAUGUUUCCUUUGGCGAGGAGGACGCGGAAGAGUUGCCGCCCCGCUUGUGGAGUACCGUGUUUGUGCCUGCGAAGAUGCGGUCAUGCACCGUCAGGGACUUACUCUCCCACCACCGCUACCGCGUCUGUGUUCGACGCUGGUACAAACCGCUUGAGGCAUUUGUGAAUGAUGCCUCAGUUGAAAUUCCGCGAACGGAUGAAGAGCAGGUGCUGGAGGGGAUACAACGCAACCAUGGCUCGCCUGGAACGUGGGGCGAGUGCCUCUACGAUGUGACGCUGCGUGAUAUGGUGUGCACCAUGGAGGACAGUGCGGAGGAGUUUUUUGUGGUGCGGUGGGAGCGGGACCCCCGGGCACAGGCGUUGCCAGUCCGUAACCCAUUUGCCCAGAUGCCUGUGCAGGGUUAUCAUCUGCGUAUUGACGAGGUGGCGCCGGACGGCGCUGUGCUUGACGCGAGUGCAGAUCCCGUCCAUAUUGAUCAGUCGCUUGAUGCCCACGAAACCUCCUACACCGCGCAGAAUCUUCGGCCCGACAGCUUAUACCGCAUCGAUGUACGAUGCCGCGUGGACAACAACUGGGGUCACUGGAGUCGCAAUCUGUUUGUGCGCACGCUGCCUAAGCUUGUCAUUGAUACUGUCAAUAUUGGUGAAGACUACGCCUUCUUUUCCUGGCAACGACCACGUCGUAAUUUGCUCCUUCCUGAUGGCACCGAGGUGUUUUGCGGGAGCGGCGAUAACAUUGACCGAUUCCACCUCGAGGUGGUGGGACAUGGCCACAGAUUUCAUGUAAGCAAGAAGUUCAAGGUAACACGUAACACCUACCGCGUAAAACAUCUAGAGUCAAAUAACGUGUAUUCUGUGGUUGUGCGGUCGUGCGACGCGAGUCGUGAUGUGUGGAGUUUGUGGAGUGAUCGUGUCUUCUUCGCUACGCUGAAGCCGAUGCAGUUGACUGUUGGGCCUGCGGCGGAGCAAUUUGCCUUGGUGGAGUGGAAACGUGAGGAGCAGACACCUGAGGAGUACACUGAAAUGGUGGGAGAGGGAGGCGGUGUUGUUCAGCUUGGAAACCCCGAGGUGAUUGCGUACCAUUUAUGCGUCUUCUCCAACCAACACACCCCCUCUGUCGCUGCGGUUGACAAGCAGUUCCCGAAGGAUGUUACCCGCUACUGCUUUGGCUCUCUCAAGGCCGACACGCCCUAUGUGGCGAUUCUGCGCUCCUGCAACAAGGAGUCACGUUGGGGUCUUUGGAGCAAAGAGGGAUGCUUCCGCACCCAACGAAUAUUGAGUCUCUGCGCGGAAACCGUGGGCGAAAACUGCGUGCGGGUAAAGUGGGAGCGGGCGGAGGUGGAUUGCUCCGACGAUGGACGCAGUGCCGGCACGAAGGCGGAACCUAUCGUAUACCAGUUGCUGCUUAAGACGGGAUCCGAGACUAUUGAGCGUCUUGUUCACCACAGCGAGUGUGGGGUGACAGAGGACGAUUUCAAGCUGCCCACCUACGUCGUGGAGGGACUCACCCCAGCGACAAACUACCUGAUGGCGCUGCAGCCGGGCUACGAGGAAAACCGCUGGGGCUUAUGGACCCCCUCCAUCAGCUUUAAGACGCGGCCGCCCAUUAGCAUCACGGCCACUACUAUUGGCUCAAACCGUCUGGUGCUUGCGCUUGGCCGUAACCCCGAGAUACCGUUAAGAGAGGAAGGUCUUGUAGAGGGAGGGAAUGAAAGUCCUGAGCGUGUGGUUCCAUUGGAGAGUGUUGUCAGUUACCAGCUGGUACUUUUCAAGCUGAUUGAGCAGCACACGGAACCUGAAAGGGAGCGUGGAAGUGACACUAACGUUUUCGCCAGUCUUUUUCCUUCCUCUACGGGAGCACCACCAUCUGCAAUUGCCGCUUCAGCUCAUGACAAUUCUACUCCUGCAGAUCUCGCUGCCAGGAAUCCUGAGAUUUCUGGUGCGAUGGAUGCAGAGCGGGCCGCGGUUGCGUCUCGUACGGCCCAUGUUGUUGCUGCAGAUCAAACGGCCGACGUGCCUGUUGCCGUUGCUGAUGCUGAUGCUCGUACAAAUGACACUGAUGACGGGUCUCCUGUGGUCAAGGAUCGUGUUGCCGGUGUGGUGAUAGAGGACGAUGUUUCCCCGCACGAGUGGCGUGAGCGGGGGAGUUUAUCACGCAGUGCCCUCAUGUUUCUGCCGGCGAAAAAGGAGAAUGCUGUCCUGGAGCGCGAGUUUGAGGUGAACAAGGAGGAUCCAACCAAUACCAUCUGUGAGCUGGAGGAGCUGGAAAGCUCUGUCUCGUACAAGGUUCGCGCCCGUGCUCUGGAUGAAAACGGGAUGUGGGGGGCGUGGACGGAGUUGACUGUCGAAACGGUACCUUUUCCGCCCCAUUCCGUGGCGCUACACCGCAUCAACGCUCAGUUCUGCAUGUUGCAGUGGGAGGCCCCCGAUAACCACCACCUCUACCGCUACGUGGUAGAGCAGACAUGUCCGGCGUCUGAAACCCGCGGGAAGGCAAAGGGUGGAGCGGAGUGGCGGGUGGCUGAUGUUGUAGAGGAGACCUUCUGCCGGGUCCGGUUUAUUGUCCCGCCGAAUAAGAUGCGUUGCCGCGUCAAGGCAGCGCGGGUAGGCGAGGGCCAUGACUUCAGUGAGUUCUGUGAACCCGUGAAGCUUUCAAGCGGCGUCCCACCGGAGCCGGUGACGAACCUCUGUGUCACGGCCAUUGCACGCAACUUUAUCACGGUGGAGUGGGCACAAUCGCGGUCCGAGAUUGCUGGCACCUUACGCCAGGCACGUACCUUGACGUACCGCGUCUAUCUCGCCGUCCGCGACAAGCCGCCGAUUCUUGUGACCACCGUCCCCCAGACCACCAGUUACACGCUUGAGGAUCUGGUGCCCUCGACGGCGUACACGAUUCAAGUUGUGGUGGAAAAUGCGGAUGGUAUGAGUUACAACAACCCCAUGGUUUCUGCUGUGACGAGAAGUGAGCAGGAUGAGACAGUUCUGCGACAGGAAGAGGGGCAACCGCCCCUUGGCACUAUUGUGGAGCCCCUGUCUCCCAUACGGUGCACCGCCCUGCCGGAGAUUCCUUCCGCCCGCCCUACACUGGCGCCGCGGCCGCCGUCGCGUUCUAAGCGGGCGAAGAGCCGUGGUAGAAGCACCACUAGGAAGGCGUCUUUGUCUCCUAAUGACAACCGUGGUGCCCUUCAGGCUUUGCCCCACACCGGCUCAGCGUCGAACCCGAUGGGCAGCAGCGCAAAACGAGGGACGCGAGACAGGUUACCAUCCAUAAGAAGGACGCAUUGA